GUGCUUCCGGCUGGCGUCAAGUUCGAUCCCACGGAUCAGGAGCUGAUCGAGCACCUUAUACAGUCAGAGUGCGGCAUGCAUGCGAUGUGGCACAACACCGGCAAUACCUUGCCAGUGAUGGUCAAUGGCCGACAGAUGGGCAGCAAAAAGGUUCUUGUGCUUCACACCAACAAGAACUUCGACCAGCAGAGGACCAACUGGGUGAUGCACCAGUACCAC